AUGGUGCUUGUUCAAGCUUUGGCUUUCAUUGUUGUUGUGUUGAUAUUGUUUAGAGGUGGUCACAAGGUUGAAGAACUCAUCUCUAAAGCGUGUCUACAAUAUGGCACCAUAUCUUUGUUUAUUUAUGUUUGUAGUCUCGCUUUUGCACACCUGAUUGCCAAAGGAAAUAUAUUUGUUAUUGUUGCUCUUUCUGCAAUGUCUAUCAUUGUGAUAUCUGGUUUUAAAUUUGCUGCAACUUUCCAAGAUUCCGUAGCCAUUGCUCGUUGGGUGAUGCUUCAAUCAAUCCUCGCUGAGUUUAUUCUCUUCCUCAACGACAUGUUUGUGGUGACAAUUAUAACCAUUUUUCCAGUCCUUCCUGCAGUUUUUGCCAUGCGCUUUUCAGUGUUGAAGCCAUGCUUCAAAUCAAAACAUGUUCCAGUUCGUCCUAAGAUUGAUGCCUGUUUUGCUUAUCAAUUUGGUGCAGGAGGAGCUGUAAAUGCUGUUGAUAAAUUGGACGCAUCAAGCAUUUCGGAUGAAGUGCUACUCAAUCAUGGAAGUGGUCAACCGUUGACAACGCUUGCUGGUAGAACCCCAGUUAAUAAUGGAGAAUCUACAGAAAAUGCUAUGUUGAUACCUCAACAGGAUGGACUAAAGCUACUGAUUCCUUCAGUUGUGGAUUCUUCAGUUUGUGAGAAAUUGCCGAUAGAACAAAAAAACGAGGUGUCUACAGAAAAGAAAAGUGCAGACAAGGAGACUAUUUUCGCAUUGCAAACACCGGUUGCUGUACUUGAAGGAUCAGAUAUGAAUGUGAAAGUGAGCAUUUCAGCAGAUAUUCCACUUAAAAAUGAUAAAAAUGUUGGGGUCACACUUCUUACUGAACCUGCAAAACAAGGUGAAGAUGCAAAAUUCAAAAGUACUCAUAAAGGUAUGCAGUGUGAAACUCCUGAUUUCAUGUGCCACCUUUGCAAAGGUUUGCACGUUAUACCUUAUUGCAAUCCAGACUUUCAUACAUCAGAUGUUGUAAUUUAUUGUGAAGGUGGUUUGAUUGAGGCUGUUAAGAUUAGGAUUGAUGUAAACUUCUUGAGUGAUUUCCUCUUCAGAUAUGAUCUUAGUAAUUUGCAUUUAGCAGAAACUGUGAGCUUGAAGGCACUGCUAAGCAUGAUGGUGUUACAUGCUUAUUGUGUAGUCUAUCGUGAUGGAGCCUAUCACUCCAAAGUUUCUCAGCAUGCCAUCACUGGAACCAAAGUGGACAUCCCUACAGAGGACCACGUGAAAAUUGAUAGGAAUGUUCUGAUUUCAUUAGGACAGGAUGCUUUGUUGAUUCAAGACAAUCAAGUUAACCAUGCUAAAAGGUUGAAGGCUGUACCUGCUAAAAGCAGAACAAAGAAGGCCCAAUUGAAUCAACAGCUACUCAAAGAGCAGAAAAUAUUGGCAAUUCACCAAAAACAGGGCAUACACCACAUACUACAACUCAACUUCCAUGUGGGGAGAGUAAGCUCCACAGCUAGAGAAGUUCGUGGAGUGGAAAUAAUUAAAAGCAUUGUAUACGGGGGAUUAAUCGAAUCAAUUACAAGCCUUGGAGUCAUGUCAUCUGCUGCUGCUGGUGAUGCGGCCACAUAUGGAGCCUAUCACUCCAAAGUUUCUCAGCAUGCCAUCACUGGAACCAAAGUGGACAUCCCUACAGAGGACCACUUUAAAAUUGAUAGGAAUGUUCUGAUUUCAUUAGGACAGGAUGCUUUGUUGAUUCAAGACAAUCAAGUUAACCAUGCUAAAAGGUUGAAGGCUGUACCUGCUAAAAGCAGAACAGAGCCACCUCCAGCCGUAGAAAACAUUCAUAACUUCUUUUGCCACUCUCUUUUAACUAUGCUCAUAUUAGUUAACAAUUGCCUGCCUGGCAAGGAAACAGUAAUAAUUGUAGAAGAAGGCCCAAUUGAAUCAACAGCUACUCAAAGAGCAGAAAAUAUUGGCAAUUCACCAAAAACAGGGCAUACACCACAUACUACAACUCAACUUCAUGUGGGGAGAGUAAGCUCCACAGCUAGAGAAGUUCAUGGAGUGGAAAUAAUUAAAAGCAUUGUAUACGGGGGAUUAAUCGAAUCAAUUACAAGCCUUGGAGUCGUGUCAUCUGCUGCUGCUGGUGAUGCGGCCACAUGUAAGUGUGUUCUUUGGGAACUGAAAAAAUAUCAAUCUGGAGGGGCCUCCAAUCAAGAAACAGAGCGAGUUGAUUGGUACCAGGAACUACUGGGACGAAGACAAAAUUUCUUAUUUUAUGCAGCUGCUGCCGUGUUAUCAUUCCUCGUUGUUGGCCUACUGCCUCCAGUCAUCUAUGGCUUCUCAUUUCAGAGGAGUGAUGAUAGAGAUCUCAAGCUCGUGGCAGUAGCAGCGACUUCACUUCUAUGCAUCAUCCUACUUAGCAUUGGAAAGGCUUAUGUUCAGAGGCCUCCCAAGUCUUAUAUAACAACAGCAGUAUACUAUGUUAUGAUAGAGUUCGGAGUCUCGGCUGUUUCCUUUGCAGUAGGCAACCUAAUCAUGAAACUCCUGGAGAAGCUUCGUUUAUGUCAGUCCAAUUCCCUUGUAACCCUGCCACUUCUCAAGACAGAACCAGUGAAACCAGUAUGGGCAUCCUAUUAG